AUAAAGUAAAGUUGUUAAAUCGUGUGAAGACGUCUUUGAGGAAAUUGAAUUAAUUUAAUUGAUAUUAAUUUAUUUAAAUAAGUUUAGUAGAAAAAACUGAUAUAUUAAUGUUUUGUGAUUGGAACUUAUAUUUAUUUGAAUGAAAACUGAAAACAUUUUGGUUUUAUUGAAUAAUAAACCUAUGUUCAUAUGAGUGCAUAAACUUAAUAGUUAAAAGCUGUUCUCAAUCAGAACUAACGGGUAAAGGGAAGGCGAUACAAUUGAUUCAUUAAUUUGCCACCAUGGAUAACUUAGAUGAUUCGGAUAAUAAUGCGAAAAUUUCGGAUUCCGGCUAUUCUAUCAGCUGUAGCAACAGUCAGUCGAGAAGUCGGUGCUCCAAGUCAACUCAUUCAGGCAGUAACUCCAGUGGUAGCAGCGGUUAUGGGGGUCAACCGUCAACAUCUGGCAGCGGUAAACCACCACCAGCAAAAAGGUCAAAAGAGAAGGACUGUAAGAAAAAGAAGUCGGUGCUGAUUGAAGCCCCGGAGCCACAGACUGAGAACGAGUCCAUUACAGAAAUACAGAGUAAUCUUGAGGAACCGAAAGCGGAGGCGAUUGAAGUGGAUACUACCGCUGUAUUAGAAGUCUCGCAAGCAGAUGAUGGACUAGACAUUACUGAUAUAGUCCCUCUUGAUUCAGUGGAUAGCAAGGAGGAGGUCGUUUCAUGCUUCAUGCCUAUAGGCAAUUCAUCAGCAAAAUCUAAUGGAUUUUCUUGUGUUAUAUCUAUGCACGAUGGUGUCGUUAUGUACACCACGCCAUCUCUAACGGCUACACUUGGCUUCCCGAAAGAUAUGUGGAUUGGUCGAUCUUUCAUAGACUUUAUUCAUAUUAAAGAUAGAAAUACCUUUGCGUCUCAAAUUACAAAAGGCCUUGCUGUGCCUACAUCUGUUAAUAGUUCGCAAGAGAAAGUGCAUUCACGAAGCGGUUCAAUGUCGACGAUGGUCUGUCGGAUCCGUCGAUAUCGGGGGUUGACGUCAGGAUUUGGUGUGAAGGAGCGUAAGGUUACAUACAUGCUGUUCCUUUUGAAGCUCACUUUCAAGAAAGUCAGUGACGAAAUUGGCGAUGUGAUUUAUCUGGUCGUUCAAGCAACGGCUCUGUUCUCAGCUUUCAAAGAACCAAAAGAAUUGAUCGUCAAUGCUAAACCUUUUAUCAUGCAACACUCACCUGAUGGCAAACUGGAGUAUAUUGAUCCGGAGUCGGUACAAUACCUGGGUUACUUACCUCAAGAAAUAAUCGGUAAAGAUGUGUUGCAAUUGUACCAUCAAAACGAUCUCGCUUAUCUAACACAAGUGUACGAGACUAUAAUUCAGAAAGGAGGCAUAACUAAGUCUAAUCCUUACAGAAUGAUGACUCAAAAUGGAGACUACAUUAAAUUAGAAACAGAGUGGACGUCCUUCAUAAAUCCGUGGUCACGGAAACUAGAGUUCGUUAUAGGAAAACAUCACAUACUCGAGGGCCCCACCAACCCAGAUGUAUUCCAAACGCCUGAAGCGGAAAAGAUGCCAAAAGUUACCGAAGAAGAAAAGAAAAAGCAAGAAGGGAUGCGAAAUAACAUGAUCAAAAUCAUGAACGAAGUUUUAACGAAGCCGGCUAAGUUAGCCAAACAGCAGAUGAGUAAACGGUGCCAAGAGAUUGCAUCUCUCAUGGAAAUCCUCAUGGAGGAACCGAAGGCUGACGCCGAGUUGCGUGUGAAGAUUAAUGAUCAGGACAAGAACUACUUUGAGAGAGAUUCUAUGUUGGGUGGUAUAUCGCCCCACCAUGACUGCAAUGACAGCAAGUCCAGCACUGAAACCCCACCUAGUUACAAUCAACUUAACUACAAUGAUACCCUUCAGAGAUAUUUUGAAAGCCGCCAGCCGCUUUCUUUUGAGGAUUACAAUAAUCUAUCAGAAGAAUACAAAUUAAGCUUGAAGAAUCCUAAACUGCAUAACUCGUCACCGAACUGCUUAUCGCCUCUAACUCAGAACUUUGGAGAGUUGGGUGACUUGACCAGUUCCUGUGAGAGUGUUCCCGUAGUGGGAGACAUUAGUUCAGCCAGUCUUAGCGACCACCAACAAACCAGACUCACUGAGAUGCUCCUUAAUAAACACAAUGCCGAUAUGGAGAAGGAAUUGCUGAGAGUACACCGUGAGACAAGGAGCAGCAAGGGAGAGAGAGAGAAAAUCAUUACCGACAACCGACAGAAGAAAAAGGAGCAUUUGGCAAGGUGUAACGGCACGUUUCAACAACCCAUUGCGGUGGAACCCGCUAAGAAUAAGAGUACAACACCACAGUUGCAUGGCGUGAAGAGGACUUCAAAGCUUAUGGAGGUGGACAAUGUGGCACAUAAACACCAUUGCCCUACCUCGAGGCAACCUCAUCGGCGACCAACGAUUACCACUAACACCGCCGAAGCGCAAGUUUCAGCCACCGUAACAACAUCAAUGGCUGCAUCGAACUGGUACAAGAAUCAAGUUAGCAGUACCAAUACGUUCUUAUUAGGUGUUGGUAUACCGCAACAGAUCCCCAUAAUCGAUCCCGCUAUUCCUCAACCAAUGGUGGCUAUACCCGGAAUACCAGUGCAAUGUUUGAUGUAUGGACAAGCAGUUUAUGGAGCUCCUAUAAUUUAUUCUGCCCUUGGGCCCCAAAUAUCAUACCCAGUGCAACAGCCAAUGAUGUCACAGAGUAUGCAACAAACCACCCCUAUUUACAGCCAUAUAAAUAAUCCACAGCCGGGAACAUUGGGAACCAAGACAACUCCCAAACAACAAACUACUGAAGGUGUAUCUGUCCCAGCCCCUAGCGGUAACACGAAAUCUAGUGCUGCCAAUGCAAAAGCUACAGACGAGGUGGUAGACAGGACAGACGGCGAGUCCAGUUAUUCGUCACUCUAUUCAUCAUUCUUCAAGACUGAAUCGGGUAGUGCCGAAGAGAGUUACCCCAAGAAGUGCAAUAACAAAGCUAAACCGGAGGCGACGACGGCAUGUCAAAAGACCUCACCCUGCGAGUCUACCACAUAUGUAUACGAUAGUAAUAAUCCACAGAAAACACCUCCUAGGAGAAAACUGAAACCGGCGUGGAUGGAACAGGUGUGCGUUACGUCUGAACUUAUUUACAAAUAUCAGAUUAUGACUAAGUCGAUGGACGAAGUGUUGCAGAGUGACAAACAAAAAAUAAGCGAGUUGGCUCAGUUGUAUUUGGAUCUACAAUUAGAGGGCGUAGCGGCACGACUCACUCUCGAGGAAGCUGUAACGAGCUCUAGCAGUUCCGGAGAAGAGACUCAAAUUUCAGCGCAGAACAAAGCGCAUGCAAUCUUCAUUUUGUUAAUAUUGGAGUCAAGAGGGGUGCAAGUUGUUGAUAAGACUGUUUAUCUUAUAUCCAGACAACUGCCUGCUUUAUGCAGAUGA